CGGCUGCCGACUGCUCACACAGACAGGAAUCCGCUUACAGAGCGUCCAAAUUAAAAAGGGACCUUCGCAUUUCACUUGAUAAUUCUCGACUGUCUUCACUCCGCGAAUUAUAGAGGAAGUGCAACAGCAAACCGCACGGCUCUGUUUGUGUUUCGCAGACGUUUGAAUUCUCGCUGUGCUUGUUUCUUUUGUUUAAAGCCCUGGAAGUAUUCUUUUCAACACAAGGACGUGUUCUGUAGCUACGCGAAGAGCGACCUCGACUUUAGUAGACAUGUGUAUGAGACAAGACUGUCAAUGGAAGACCCUCUUCGCGGUUUUGGUUCUCGCUGCUGCCGUGGUCAAAAUACAUGGACAAGCUCCAAAGGAAAGCAAUGGCAUCCGUAGGAGAACACCACACCCUGCCAGGGACUCGUCAACACAGGACACAGAGAGCGAAGUGCACUCUGUCACCACUGUCUUACCAAUGAACAUCCCCAACCACCGGUCUGUCCUCGAGGGCCUGCGGCUUCAUGAACACCUACUUACAAGAGAUUUCCAGGGGGACCAGCACUUUUUUAGGAGUGACGGCUCUGUGGCUGCAUAUUCCACCAUGCCAGGCUCCGUGUCUGCCUCAGAUGCAGGAGACCCUGUAACUCAGCUGGUGCCCCAUGAAGAUGCCCCACCUUUCUCAGACAUUGCCACUACUGCCACUGAGGCUGCCACCUCCCCACUGACCACAUUUACUCCCACAACACCAAGGCCACCCAUGUCUCUCCCUCAAAAGAAGUCCUCUAAGACAAGGGGGGCUGACAAGGUAGAGCCAACAACAGACUCCCUCACCACUCAAGUGACACCAAAUAAUAUAGGUUCAAUCAAUGAAAACCCAGUGGCUUCCUUAUCAUUGCAGAGAAGUCGACCUCAAAGUUGGAGUCCUUCUCCUGUAGAGGCCACACUUGCACCCUCCUCAAUGAAGGUGGAAAAAGGGGAGGCUAGGGAGACUGCACUGAAAAACAAAACCAGCCCUGGUUAUCCACUCCCCAACCUAACUUCCCGAGAAGAAGGUACCACCACCACGUCCACAACCAUUAUCACCACCAUCACCACCAUGCAAACAGCAGAGCCAUGCAGCCUGAAUUUCACUGACCCUGAGGGUAACAUCGAAAUCCUGCAGCAACUUGACUCUGGAGUGGAGUGUAACUAUCUGGUUACGGUCUACCUAGGAUAUGGCAUUGAGGUUCAGGUGUUAAAUGUGAGUGUGUUGGAGGGAGAGCAGGUGACAGUGGAGGACACAGGUGGCAGAGAGCCCUUCAUCCUUGCCAAUGAGUCAGUCUUGAUGAGGGGCCUCGUACUACGCAGCUGGAGCAACCAGAUCUCCAUCCGAUUUCGUAGUGACCAACAGCACAACUCCGGAUUCCUCCUGCUGCAUUACCAAGCCUUUGUGCUGAGCUGUGCAUUUCCCAAAGAGCCUGCCGGUGGAGAAGUUACUGUGACGCACCUCCAUGCUGGUGGAGAAGCCUACUUUCGCUGUUUCACGGGCUACAAGUUGCAAGGUCCCAAAAUGCUCACCUGUCGUAAUGCAACCACACCAUACUGGAGUGGAAAGGAGCCCCGAUGUGUGGCAUCCUGUGGGGGAAUGAUGAAAAAUGCCACCUAUGGUCGUAUCGUCUCUCCUGGUUUCCCUGGCAACUACAGCAACAAUCUGACGUGCCACUGGGUCCUGGAGGCCCCUGAAGACCACCGGCUUCACAUUCACUUUGAGAAGGUGGCUCUGGCAGAGGAUGAUGACAGGCUGCUGAUUAAGAAUGGCAACAACAUAGACUCUCCCCCUUUGUACGACUCCUAUGAGGUUGAGUAUUUGCCCAAUGAGGGUGUGCUCAGUACUGGACGUUACUUGUUUGUAGAGUUCACCACAGAUGGGACAAUGACCUCCACUGGUGCAGCUGUCAGAUACGAAGCUUUUGCGAAAGGCAUGUGUUAUGAGCCUUUUGUGAAGUACGGCAACUUCAGCGGCAGCGACUCCACCUACAGUGUGGGUGCACUGGUUGAAUUCUCAUGUGACCCUGGCUACACGCUGGAGCAAGGCUCCGUAGUGAUUGAGUGCGUGGACGCACAAAACCCACAGUGGAAUGAGACCGAGCCGGCUUGUAGGGCUGUUUGCAGCGGAGAGAUCACAGACUCCGCCGGUGUGGUGCUGUCUCCUAAUUGGCCUGAGGCUUAUGACAAGGGGCAGGACUGCAUCUGGGGUAUCCAUGUGGAAGAGGACAAGAGGAUCAUGCUUGACAUCCAAGUUCUCAAUGUCGGUAAAAAUGACCUGCUGACCUUUUAUGAUGGAGAUGACCUGACAGCAAACAUCCUGGGCCAGUACAGCGGCACACGGCCACACUUCAAGCUCUAUACCUCCAUGGCUGAUGUCACUAUUCAAUUUCAGUCCGAUCCUGCAACUAACAUCUAUGGCUACAACAACGGCUUUGUGGUCCACUUCUUUGAGGUGCCGAGGAACGACACCUGCUCUGAGCUACCGGAGAUCACCAACGGCUGGAAGAGCACGUCCCACCCUGACCUCAUCCACGGAACCGUCAUUACCUACCAGUGCUACCCUGGGUACGAGCUGGUGGGCUCGGAGAUCCUCAUGUGCCAGUGGGAUCUCACUUGGAGCGGUGAUGUGCCGAGAUGUCAGGAAGUUAUGACAUGUCAGGACCCUGGAAAUGUGGAGCACAGUCAUAAGGUGAUCACAGGCAACCGUUUCACCGUUGGAUCGACAGUGCAGUUUAUCUGUAAUAAAGGCUACAUCCUGUCUGGCAGCAGCCUCCUUACCUGCUACAACCGAGAUUCAGCCACACCCAAGUGGAACGAGAGGCUGCCCAAGUGUGCCCCUGAAAAAUACGAGCCAUGCAGGAACCCCGGCGCUGCCUCCACUAGUGUGCAGAGCUCUGAAAAGGCCUUUUACCAAGCAGGAGAGAUGCUGACCUUCUCCUGCCACUCAGGCUACGAGCUGCAGGGUGGUGCCACCAUUUACUGUAUCCCUGGACACCCGUCACAGUGGAAUAGCACUCCCCCUGCCUGCAAAGCAUCCUCAACCCAAUAUGUGAACGAACGCAGGCUAGAUGUUGUUAAUAUGGAUUAUAGCAUGGAGGGAACCAAUAUUGCCCUUGCAGUUUUGAUUCCAACUGCAAUCAUCUUGGUGGUUGUCCUCGGGAUUUAUGUCUACUUUGCAAAACUCCAAGGAAAGACUAUCAGAAUGCCGACAUCCUUGCCACCGUAUGACAACAUGACAGAAGAGUCAGCUUUUGACAACCCUAUAUAUGAGAGCGGAGUAAGUACAGAUGUCAUGAGCAUGCAAGACGUGGAUUCACAGAACACCAGUGUGCUGUCCUGAUCCUUUCCCAUCUGGCUGUCAUCCUGUCGUCAUCUCAUGGUUCACCAGCAGAGGGCUCCCUCCACCUCAUCUUUCAUCACCAUGUCAAUCAUCAGUAAGCGCUAGUGUGAUCUUUGCUGAUGAUGUUACUCCUAAAAAUAGAAAAAAAUGACACUUUUCCUCACCUCACUCUGUGAUCAUUUUGCAUCUUGGACUUCCAUACUAGUAAUGUUUUAGUUUUGCGUCAUUUACAUUGUGGUAUGUCAUCUCAUUCCCCUGUCAUAUAAAUGUAUCAAGUUGUAUGCUGCAAUGACACCAGCUGUGUACAUGCAAAUUUGCUAGUGUGCACAAAUAAAACGUUUUUUCUUACUUUUUUUUUUAAACAACAGUAUUAUUAAUUCAUAGAUGUUAUAUACAUAUAAAGUAUUUCACACAUCUAGCACAUGUGGGAAUAGGGUUAGCGUUACAAUGGCUUUGAAAAGUGAAUAUAUGGAUUAAGUUAUCUCUUUUUUGUUAUUCUUCUUUUCAUGUACUCGUCUCAAUUGCGUCCUCUCGUCUUUCCCCCUUGCUCCUUUAGCACUGGCAGUCUCAUUCUAGAUACUAAACCCUGUCAGUCUGUCCACUUUGGCUGUACUGCUGAAGAGCUAUGAGGUGAGAUCUCCUUCUGAUGCUAAGAGCACAUCUCACUCACUGUCACCUGACCCUUUGUUUCGACUACCUCUCCCAACCUGCGACACAUUCUGAUCUGGUUGAUCUUUAGGCUAUUUCUUCUAUUUACACUGGAUGUCUAAACCUCAUGUCUGUAUUUACAGACCACGCUAAUGUAAGUACAGUAUACAGAACCACUGCCUGGUGAGAAAUGUAAACACAAUGUUGGUGCAGUCAUGAGACACAUGGCCUCUUGUGAAAUACAAAUCAUGUUUGUUUAUACCUAAAAUGAUGGAUAACAGAUUUGAAAGAGUUCAAAGUUCAGAGUUCCUUCUUCUAAUUGUUUUUGUUCACUUGAAUCCAGCCUCUUCCCCUUGCAUCUCAUGACAUUCUAACAUUUCAUUAAAGUUGAUUGUACAAGAACAAUUGUAUGUGUGAUUGUGAAAUCUACAUCACAUGCAUACUGGUUAUAGUUUAUUAGUGUCUUUAAAGUAUAUAUUAUCAGCACUUUACUUUAGGGUGUACAAGUCAUUAUUUUGUAAUUUGCUUGUUUCUUAAGAGAAGAUUGAUGAAAUAAAUGUAGUUGCCAACAGAAAAAUACAUGUAGAACAUAGAGAAAUAAGAAUUCACUG